CACGUGAAUGAAGUGCACUAGAUUAAUAUACAGGGUGUAGAAGAUUUUCAGUGACUCGUGGGAAGAUCAGGGUGCAUGGUAGCCUACGGGAAGUUGGGACCAUUGGGACCUUUUCGGCAACUGGAGUGAUCCUCAGUCAGUGAUGAGUGGCGAGCCAUGGCGUAUGUUAAUGUUGCUGAAUGGAAGACAGAUCAGGUGUGCGAGUGGUUAAAAGGCUUGGACAAUUCUGUACUACCUUACGUACACAGCUUUACAAAUCAUGGUGUUAAUGGACAGCAACUACUUAGUUUGAGACCUGAGGAUUUAGAACAUCUUGGUGUACUUAAGCUUGGUCAUCAAGAGAUUAUUUUAGAAGCUGUCGAGUACUUGAGGAAUUUUCAUUAUGAACUGGAUCGUGAGAAUCUACAGCUUUUGGCAUUGCGACUCUCCUGUCAGGCACAUAGUCUGCACAAUGAGCUCUCUCGGCAGACUGACUCCAAACCAGUCAUGACACAGACUCUUUCGGAUGUGGCAUCCGUUAUGACUGCUGUUAAGCCUUUAGUACGAUGGCUAGAUCGACCACCAUUUAGUGGGCAAUUGGAAUACAAUGACAAAAAAGCUGAGCUAUUAAAGCUGUCCUUAGAAAUGGCUACAUGCGCACAGAGAGAUAGAUUUGCUGAAAAGCCAAUAGAAGAGAUUAGGACUACUUGCGGAGAAUUAGCGAAGCUGGCAGAUUAUAUCAUACAGGAUAUUUCUGAUCCAAUGAUUUUGCAGCCUGCUAGUCUUGAUCUUGCUACCUUGAAGAAACGACCUGGAGAUGAUUUGGGUUUCCAUAUUUUGCCAUCUUUCCAUGGGGCACAUCAAAUUGCUGAAAUAAAGUUCGGCUCGGCAGCUCAUCAAUGUGGAAAAAUGGAAGAAGGUGACGAAAUCGUUCAGGUAAACUAUCAAACGGUAGUUGGAUGGGAGAGAAAGAGUUUAUUAGAAUUAUUCCGUGAGAGUCCCGCAGAAAUUUUGCUCACAUUAAAACGUAGACCAAGACAUACUAAGGUUUAUGGUCAAAUAUACAUAAAGCCAUACCGAUUGCCAAGCAAUAAGAAAACGCCAUAUACUACCCGAUGGCAACAGAAUCUUCCAUCGCCAAGACCAGAACUAUUAACGAUACCUGAUUUCACCAUGCCAUUGCCAAGGCAUGCACCAAAGGAUCCUAGCCCAGAACCAGCAAGCAUAUUAGAUAGCGUCAACAUGCUGGACACAAUGGCUACUGACAGUAGUGAUUCCGAUAGCGAGGUUGAGCCUCCAUCAUCAGUUCGCCUAUACUCAGCAAAGCCCAGGAACCUGGUACAGAGACGAGCCACCAUAACAGGUGCUAGUCCUACCACGAAACACGGCGUCGACCUGGAGCAGUUUUGGAGAGAACUAAAACAAGAGCACAGUACAACUUUCCAGCUAAGGGAUAAGGCAGCAUCCUGUGCCCAUGGCUUAGAUACUGUGCCAUCAAAUCUACGACCUCAGACUUGUCUAGGCAUAGAACAAACUAAAAGGAAAAAGAAACUGGAAGGACAAGUAGACGAGAGAAGAGUUCAGUUUCAAGAUAGAUCAGCUGAUAUUGAAAAUACUCAUGGAGAUGAGUCCGGGAAGCAGGAUAAGGACUCGAAACAAGGAGACAAGCCAAAGUUGGAUAAUCAAAAAAGCGUCUCCUUCGAUUCUAGUACAGUUUACUGUCAGUCUUCUCUAAUGGACAUUGAGAUUAACUUAAGCAAUAAUGCUAAUGCCAGUGAACAAACAGUGCCUUCGGAAUUUCGUCACGAUACCAGUAACACAGCUGACGAUAAAGUGACUAAGAGUAAUGAGCCAAGUACUCAUCACAAAGAACGUGGGAAGUUGGAUAAGAGUUACAGUACUCCCGCUUAUGACUUGACAGAGAAUGAAUUUGUCGAGAGAAAAUUGGCUACUAUUGAAAGCCAUUCUAAACUCAGUUUAGCAUCGAGCGGUUCGCGGAAUGCAUCUAGUACUAGUUUGAAUAAGACUGAAACGCGCAGUAGUGAGGGAUACUUAGAGAAUGAAAAUAAAAUAGUGGAUGAUAACAAGGAGGUUGAAGGGGAUGAUAUCGCUGACCUCGGAUCAGUUGGCAACGUCGCCCAGAAGAUUAGCAAUAUAGAGAAGAGUAUUAGGUGCGUAGAUACCGAUGGAAAAUCGUAUUCACCUAAAGUGCCUGAGCGUAUGGAUUUAGUUAAGAAUGUUGUACAUAUUAAGAUAAAUGAUAUCGAUUAUAGAAGCAGUAUUGAUGAGAACCAAAGUGAUAUUGAAUAUAUACAGAGUCAUUUUGAUAAUGUACAUAAUGACAGUGAACGUGUUGAUGACUGUCACGUUGACAGUAAGACCAAUGACAAUGCCAUAAGAAACAGAGAAAAGAAUCAUCAGAGCUCAGUAGUAAUAGAUAGUAUUGAAUCAAGUCGAGAAAGUAGUGAAGAAAAAUCUGAAUCUACCGGUAGCUAUAACGAGCAUACGAGUGGUAGUGAGGGUGACACGACUAUAAAGAAAUUUGGUGAAAUUUUAGAAUCUAUUAAUUAUGCAUUAAUUGAGCAUACGAGGUUGAGACAGAGUACAAGAAGUCUGAAUUCUCAGUGCAGUGACAGUUCGAGUCGAAUUAUUGACAAUGUGCAGACUACUUCGCAAUCUUGCCAGUAUGGAGAAACGCCAAAACUUGAGCAACCCAAGAAACCGGAAGUGAAGCCACGUCUAACACCACCGGAACCACCGCCUAGAAAAUAUUUUUCGAAACCAGCACCACUAAAUUUGAGUAGUAUUUCAAAUUGUUCAGAAACUCAGGAAAGACCUAGAGUGCCAGAGAGGCCAUGUAUCAGACGUGAUCUGAAGAAAUCUGACUCCAUUGUGGAUAGUCAUACCAAAACGGAAACUUUGGAUUCUCAGAAGAAACCUGAGCGUAUCGAGUCAUAUCACGAUUUUAUAGAAAAAUCAACAGAUUUUAUUGAUGAGCCUAGUACGCCAGUUAAUGAUCAUAAACCAACUUUACUCACUGAUCCUGAAGGCUAUUCUGAAAUCUAUGAAGGCCAAUUCAAGGAGGAGAAAACUAUGUAUGACAAGUAUGAACCUUACGCUGAGAAGUUUGCAAGUCCAAGUCAUUCCGUCAUUGAUCAAUACCGCGUAGAGCAUCUUUCAAGAAACAUAGAUUCUCCAGACGGUGCAGGCUGCUCAAGACAAGCACAUACACCGGACCUGAAGCCCAGAACUCUUGAGAAAGAUAAAAGUUCCGAGAAGGGAGUAGUGAACAGAGCCAUGAUGGUAGCCAGGAGUAUCGGACUACAUGGGAGUUCUAGUAAAUCCUCAGGAUCUAGUCCAAGAAGCAGCAGGAAGCGUAAUAUGUUACUGGCAAAGAGAAGAAACGUAUCGGUAAAAGAUGUAGGAGUCGGUGAUUUGGAAGGAUGGUUAACAUACAGAAGCAGAGGUGCAGGUGGUGCUUGGGCCAAGGCAUGGUUUGUUUUAAAAGGUUCAUCAUUAUACAGAUUUAAACUUCAGGAUAGUGCAAAAGCCGACUGUCUUAUAGCUCUUACAGGCUACACAGCCUCUCAGGCUGCUGAAGUCAAAUCAAGGAAGUACGCCUUCAAAGUUUAUCACACCGGUACUGUAUUUUAUUUUGCUGCGGAUGCAGAAGACUCCUUAGCCGUGUGGUUAGACGCCAUCAAUAAGGCAACACUAGGACAAGACAGUCAUGGUCAAACAAGUGGCUUGUUCAGUGAGACUGACGAGAGCGAUAAUGAGAGUAAGACUAAAGGAAAAACAGCUCAGGCAUCAGAAAGUAAAUCAAGUGGAGAAAAGUCUUUUGGAUCCUUGAAGAAGAGCGGGAAGAAGGAUGCUGGAUUUAAGGAUCACGAGAUGACUGGUGCUAGUUUGGAUAGGAAGUACCUUAGAUUCCUAGGCACCAGGAAUCAAAACGUUCCUGUACCCACAGCACAAUUCAGAAGCUAUAGAAGGGUUUUACCGACGAGGACACCAACAAGAAAACAAGAUUCUAUUCCAAAUUCCCCGGAUUUGCAAGUAACCGUAGCGGGCAGUACGUUUUACGGUCUGAGCUCAUCCCACAGUGCUACAGAUGUGCUAAGUAGUCACGAUAUGGGUGAUUAUCGACGCACGACAGACAGCAGAUCACACAGCAGUCGCAGCAGGAGACCAGAUGAUCUCCAAGGUUUCAUUACUUUGGAAGAAUUUAUGCUGUCUCAUCAGGAAGAGGAUCGACGUCAAGGUUUAGGAAGCAGAUCAGUGUCACCCUACGUAACACCAUUGUCAAGUGAUCACGUUCAUGUGCAGCAUAGAAACUUUGAUGACAGCGUAGCAGUUUAUGGUCAUGAUAUUCAUUACGAUGAUAUUUCACCUAAUAAUGGCGUCAUCUAUGGUCAAACAAGAAAUUGGGAUGACACGUCAUCAACGAGCAGCGGCGCAUCAUACGGAUUGUCGCGUCAUAUCGAUGACAAUCAUUUGCAAAAUCAUCAGAAUGCUGAUACCAGUCAUGGGAAGUCUAGACAGGUGAUCUAUGGGAAUAGGAAACCGGAAGUCAACAGUAUUCAGAAGAUCAGAUCCCAGGAGGGUGUCGUGUAUUAUCCAAAUAGACAUAAUGAUCCCAGUCAUGGUCAGAAUUUGUCUAACGAUAUGAUUCAGACUCAAAGUCAAUCGAAUUCACCGUAUCAUAGCAGACAGGAUAUUGUGCAGGGACAGAAUAGACAGAUGGAAAUGAUUUAUGGAAGGAAUGCGCAAAUAUACGGUACUAGAGCUCCAAUAAGAAAUGAUUUGGACUAUGGGCGAAGAUCUAAUGAGUGUUAUCAAACAAGAUCGUCUGAUAUAUCAGAUACUAUAGUUGGACAACAUCCGGUCCCACGAAGGCUGAUAAGAAAUGACGGUUAUUCAGGAUCAAGCGGUGAUCUUGCUUCGCAUACAACAUCUGAAACACUACAGCGUGCCAGAAAAGAAGCUUCCGUCACAAGAAAAGGAAGUUUCAAUUUGAUUGAUCGUUGCCGUGAUCGUGCAUCUCCCGACAAACACUGGAUGGAUUCGCUUAGGCGUACCGACAAGAAACAUUCGAGCUUUGAUAAAAACCGAUUAAAAAAUGUAGCACAAUAUCAGCCACCGCCUAUUCCUAGUUCACCCUUCGAACAGGACGGUAUGAGACCAGCUUUUGAAAUGCAUUUGGAUAAGAGUGAACACGUUCAGAAAACAAAUAGAUUGAAGAGUUUAUUUGGCAGUAAAAGUCCACAAAAGCCAAGUACUCUGGAUCUUCCCAAAGAAUCUCCAAAGACUCUGCUGGGCUCUCCAAGACUUCACAGAGCAUUAUUUCGAGAUAAACGUUCCAGUCAGCAGCAACAACAACAGCAUCAACAGGCCAGUCGAUCUGGCAGCCAAAGUCCCGGUGAUAGUGGAAUAAGUCAGUCUUUAAGUUCCUUCAGUGGAGCUAGUCAAUCUCAGACAUUGAGUCAGAGUUUUAGUUCAGCCAGUUCAGUCAGUGAUUGGAGUCCGGAUACUCCAACUUCAAACGUACCCAAGUGUACAAUGGGUCAUCCAGCAUGUCAGAAGAGACUGUCGAAUUCCAACAGAAAUUCGUUAGCACCACCAACCUUGCCAUACAUCCCGCCACCAACGUCGCCACCUCCGGACUACCCUGGACUGGAAUAUCCUCCAGUAUUCGAACCAGGAACUUAUUCUCUAUCAGAUGCCUCCCUCUUGCGCAAUCGUAGCAAAAACAUUCAGCACAAAAGUGAACAAUGAAUCAGCUCAAAGCGGCAGACGUUCAUGAGAACUUCGCACAAACUCUGGGUCUGUAGAAUACAAUAUCGAUCUUCUGAUUUGAUUGAUUGGAAAAGUGAUAUCAUUAUCAGUCCAAUUUUUUAAUUGUUAUAAAGGUUUUAUGAGUGUAGUCGUGAAAGCAAUAUGCUCGUACUGCUGAAUGCGGUGCAGCAUCCAAAAUAACCGUCCACGCUGUGCCUAUGCGAAAUAUAAAUUACCUGACGAUAAGAGUUAAAGAAUUAUCAUUACGUCAGGUUCUUCUUAGCCAUUGCUGGAAAUAAUGGGCAAUACAAUUUUUUAAUAUCUUUACAAUACACAUAUAUACAAAUUUUAAGGCUUUCAAGCUAUUGAAAUUGUUAUCGUUACCCGUUAGCGUAACGAGUGCUGAGUUAUAUAAGUUCGAUCUACUGACAAUUUGACAGUUUUAAUGUCUCUGAUAAUUUGUUUUUCAAUUUUUGCUCGGCAGACGUUCUUUAAAUGCCUCAGGUCGUUACUAUUAAUACGACUAUGCAUUAUAGUAUUAUAUUUAUUAGACGCUUUAGUGUAUACCUUACGCAAUUGAUUUUCUAAUUGUGCUAAUUUAGAAUAGAACUUUACCUAAAUUGAUAAUAGAUUAACGUCGAUAAUUAUUAUAUUCAAUCAUGUCUAAUCCUUCCAAUCACCGAGCCUUACGCUACGCACUAUAGUUACAAUCAUUAUCCUGGAUAUAUUAGGAGAAUUAAAAUAAUAUUUUUGCUUCCAUUAUUACGAUAAUUAAGUAUCGUUUGAAGUUCCAUUUAUUGAUUGUAGGUGACAUAAUUCUUUUUAGAUUUAAGGAAGGAAGAGACUUUUUUCCAUUCUUACACAGACUUCCUUACAUUUUAAUCUCUUGGGAGUGAAAAUAAAAGAUUCCUGUGGCGUUAAUAUUAUACUGUUCAAUCGGGAAUAAUCCAAAAGCAAUUCUGGCAUUGCGAUGGCUUGUAAAUAAUUCUUUAAAAUGUGUAUUUGUUAGUGAUCAUUUUAAAUCACUGAUACAAGACUCAAUUUUAAAAAAUGUGAUGACGCAUUAUAAAGUGCCUACAUAAUGAGAGAAUUUUAGAAUUAUACAUAUCGUAUACAUAUUCUUAUACCAUCUCUCUCUCUCUCUCUCCCCCCCUCUCUCUCUUUUUCAAUCUCUCUCCCUCUUUAUAUGUAACGGUUAAAAACUUUUUUAAACGAUAUUUAUGAAUAUUAUUAUAUAAUCCUGAGACUUUUUGUAGAUAGUCGCGACUUCUUUGCCCCUAAAAUAAUAAUUAUUGGUAUAGAUGCAUACGCGUACAGCUGUCGAUAUUCUAUAUAGAUAUUGUCGUUAAGCUAAAUCCGUUACGUUCCUUAAAUUCUAAAGGAAAUGCCAUGGCGUAUUUUCUUUACUUUUUUCACGACAAUUUAUCAUAUUGUGUUCAUUUAAUGGAAAAUAACAAAUACCUAAGAGAGCCAUUAUGCAUCUAUGUUGCCUGUACGUAUACCUUGUUUAUACAUAAGAAUAUUCUACGCACAUGAAGAUGUAUAUUUUAAUUAUACUGUAUAAUAUUUUACAAGGUUUAAUCAAAUAAAUGAUAAUAUCUCAUUGGA